AUGAAUUCCAGCCUGGGAGAUCUGGAUGCUACAGGAAAGUAUUAUGGGUAUAACAAUACCAAUCACUCAUAUGAGUACACAGAAGAGACCACCUCUUUUGAUUUCAGAUGGAUUAUUUUGGUAGGCAUUACUUUUAUUACCUGCUGUAUUGGCCUCCUGGGGAAUGGAUACAUCAUCUGGCUACUUGGCUUCCAGAUUAAGAGAAACCCUUUUACCACAUUCGUCCUUAAUUUGGCCAUUGCUGACUUUGGAUUUCUAAUAUUUUUUCAUUAUUUUCAUCUCUGAUUCUUUAUCUGUGUGUGUUUCUGCCACAUCAUGUACAUCAAUAGUCACUUUCUUCUGACAGCAAUCAGCAUCGACCGGUGUGUGUCUGUCCUCUUCCCAAUCUGGCAUCGCUGUGCCCGGCCAAAACACUUGUCCUCCAGAGUGUGUGUCCUCUUGUGGAUCUUCUCUUCGCUCCUGGGUGGAAUUCUGAACUUUAUGCAAUUAACAGAAUAUUUUGGAGGCCUGUUUAGUCUCCAAUGCCUCAUGACUGCUGUAGUUUCCUUUCCAUUGAUCACCCUCUCUACUGUGGUCCUUUUCAUCAAAGUGUGUCUUAAAGUGAAACAUAAAAAACAGGAAUGCCUCCUACUGAUGAUCUUAAUUACUCUUCUCUGUUUCCUCCUCCUUGUUUUUCCUUUAAAUUUCUUUGUGGUGAUAGUUGAUUAUUUUAGUAUCGAAGUUCACUCUAAAGUGACAUAUUUGGGUUCAUGCAUUAUACUGUGUUCCUGCCUAAACAGUAGCAUUAAUCCAGUGAUCUAUUUUCUGGUUGGGAGAAAGAAUCACGCUCAAUCCAAGCAGAGCCUGAAGGUCGUUUUUCAAAAGGUCUUCAAAGAAGGUGAAGCUACUGGAGGGAGAUAG